CACUUUUCCCUCCUGGUGCUGAUGGAAAUGGAGGUCAAGAGGAUUUGGUGUCGCCGAAUUCUCAUCGACCCAGACCCCUAACAACAACACAAAUCACAAUGUCGUCACUACGCAUUCUCCUCAUCGGCAGCGGCGGCCGCGAGCACGCCCUGGCUUGGAAGCUCAGCCAGUCGCCCAGCGUUGAGUCAAUCAUUGCGGUCCCCGGCAACGGUGGUACUGCCGGCGUCCCCAAGGUCACCAACAACAACACCGUCUCCGAGAACGACUUUGCUGCCCUUGUCGACCUCGCCAAGAAGGAGCGCAUCAACCUCGUCGUCCCUGGCCCCGAGCAGCCGCUUGUCGAUGGCGUCGAGAACGUCUUCCGCGAGGUCGGUAUCCCCGUCUUUGGUCCUUCCAAGGAUGCUGCGCGCAUGGAGGGCAGCAAGACCUUCUCCAAGGACUUCAUGAAGAAGCACAACAUUCCCACCGCCGCCUACGAGAACUUCUCCGACUACGAAAAGGCCAGCGAGUACCUCAAGAAGGUGGGCCACAAUGUCGUCAUCAAGGCUACUGGUUUGGCUGCUGGCAAGGGUGUCAUCAUCCCCGAGUCUCAGGAGGAAGCCCAGCAGGCCCUCAAGGACAUCAUGCUGGAGAAGCAGUUCGGCAAUGCCGGCGACGAGGUCGUUAUCGAGGAGUUCAUGACGGGCGACGAGCUCAGCAUCCUCUCCUUCUGCGACGGUACUACCAUCAAGUCUCUGCCUGCCGCCCAGGAUCACAAGCGCAUUGGUGAGGGCGAUACUGGCUUGAACACGGGCGGUAUGGGAUGCUAUGCGCCCACCAAGAUUGCUACCCCUGCUCUGCUUGCUCAGGUUGAGCGCGAGAUCCUCCAGCCGACCGUCGACGGCAUGCGCAAGGAUGGCUUCCCCUUCAAGGGCUGCCUCUUCACCGGCUUGAUGAUUACCCCCAACGGCCCCAAGGUCCUCGAGUACAACGUCCGCUUCGGCGACCCCGAGACCCAGACCGUCCUUCCUCUGCUCAAGUCCGACCUCGCCGAGAUCAUGGUGGCCUGCUCAGGCCCCCUUCCCCUCCUGAAGUACGUGCCCGUCGAGGUCGAGCAGAAGUUCAGCGCCACUGUGGUCGUUGCUGCCCCCGGAUACCCCAACUCCUACCCCAAGAACAUCCCCAUGCAGGUAUCUACACCUCCUGCUGGUACCAACAUUUUCCACGCGGGAACCAAGCUAUCUGGCGAUUACCUCGUCUCUUCCGGUGGUCGUGUUAUCGCUGCUGAGGCCGUUGGCGAGUCUCUGCGCGCCGCUGUCGACAAGGCUUAUGAGGGCGUGAAGCUCAUCCAGUUCGACGGCAUGUACUAUCGCAAGGAUAUUGCUCACCGUGCUUUCCGCGACGACAAGUCUUCGUCUGACAAGCUUACCUAUGCCCAAUCUGGCGUCAGCAUUGACGCCGGUAACGAGCUUGUUGACCGCAUCAAGGCUGCUGUCGCUACUACUCGCCGCCCUGGCGCUGAUGCUAUCAUCGGUGGAUUUGGAGGCGAGGUCGACCUUUCUCAAGCUGGAUACCCUGGGGCUCCCAUCAUUGUUGGCGCCAUCGAUGGUGUUGGCACCAAGCUCAUUAUUGCCCAGAAGAUGAACAAGCACGACACCGUUGGUAUCGACCUGGUCGCCAUGAACGUCAACGACUUGGUCGUUCAGGGUGCUGAGCCUUUCAUGUUCCUCGACUACUACGGCUGCAGCAAGCUCGACGUCUCGGUUGCCGCCGCUUUCGUCGAAGGUGUCGCUCAAGGUUGCAAGGAUGCCGGCUGCGCGCUGGUUGGUGGAGAGACCGCUGAGAUGCCCGACCUCUACACUGGUGAUGACUACGAUGCUGCCGGUGCUGCCAUUGGUGUCAUGAAGGCUGCCCAGCGUCUUCCCAGGAAGGAGGCUAUGGCUGAGGGUGACGUGCUCAUUGCUCUUGCCUCUUCCGGUGUCCACUCGAACGGCUUCUCUCUUGUCCGCAAGGUUGUCGACAAGUGCGGCUUGUCCUACACCGACAAGGCACCCUGGGACAGCUCUGCCACCGUUGGCGAGAGCCUCCUCACCCCCACUCGCAUCUACGUCAAGCCUCUGCUCAAGGUUCUUGCUCAAACCGGUGAGGCGGUCAAGGGUAUGGCGCACAUCACCGGUGGUGGUCUGACUGAAAACGUUCCUCGCAUGCUCCCCAAGCACCUGGCUGCCGAGAUCGACGUCGCUACCUGGGAACACCCUCCUGUGUUCAAGUGGCUCAGAGAGUCCGUGAUCCCUACUGAGAUGGCGAGAACGUUCAACAACGGUAUCGGUAUGGUCUUGGCUGUCGCUCCUGAGGCUGCGGAUGCCGUGGUCAAGGGCCUGGAGGCUGAGGGCGAGAAGGUCUACACCAUUGGCAAGUUGGUCAACAGGGAGGGUGGCGAGAAGGGUGAGUGGUGUGUUCUGAGGAACUUGGAGAGCUGGGCUGCUUAAAUUGGGGAAAAGGCGUAGAUACCUGGUCACAUAACAUGGAUGGGAAAAAAUGGGUUUACAAAAGGGUUUAGGGUUGAGGUGUUGCGGACUGGAACGGGUUACAUGAAGCGGAACAAGGAUAUCUAGAUGACAGGAUUCAACUCUCUGAAUACAGGGU